GUCUCCUGGCGCGCUGGCCUGUGUCUCCCUAGCCACUUAUCAGGGUCAAGUUGACUUAAAACAUCCUUGGGAAGAACCAUGGGAAGUCAGCAGAGCCUUGCUAGGCUGCGGUUAUCAAGCCAGCUAUUUCCAUGAUCAUAACAGGGGGGUUUGCGAAGCCAGAUAAAUCGCAGUUUCCUUUUCUAGGCCACAGAGCCUUCAGGCUGCCUUCCUUGUGCAGGGGACCAUUUGGGGCCCCGCAGUGUUCGCAAGUAUCACAUAGUACUUCACAGAGGGGAAGAGCAGAGGGAAAUCGUUCUUGAACUUCAGAUGUACAGGGUAUCUCUAGGCAUCCACCAGUGAAAGGUUAGGAAAUGGAGUUUGACAUGUUUUCUCACACCUCAUAAUGAUAACGAAUUAACUGGUAAAUGCCAGUUGUUCUUAUAUUCUCAGCUCUGUGUGAAGUGUUGAAGAUCACUGUCAUUACUUCACAGAUGAAGGAAGGCUUGGAGAGCAGUUAGGUAACUUGUCAAAGGUCACAGAGUCUAAGUGGCGGAGCUGUGAUUUGAUUUCAGUCUGUGACUCAUCAACCUUUUUUAUAGCUUCCCAAAAGUAGGUUUUAAGAACCAAGCAAACCAAAGAAUUGCAGGGGAGCUCACCUGUGAAUGUAUAACCUUUAGGGUGACAGUUGGAUGUGCAAUGUAAAUUACUGUGGACCAGCAAACCUCACAGUAAACAUACACGCGCUGGCGUUCAAGUGAAGCCUGGGCUGUUGGUGGCUAAGCACCGGCCGAUUACCCAUGUGAAGUGGUGUAUGUAAUGCUGCUAUGACCUGUCAGUUCUUGGAUAUAAACAAAGAUGUUUUAGAAUCAUGUUUUACUAAUGAAAACCCUUGUGUUAAUAGUACUUUAUAAGUUACAGGUUUUACAUGUUUCUCUUAAUCCACAUAGCAUAGCAAUUUUCUUUUUCUAUGAGAAUUUUUUAGAUUGUUUUACUUGCAUAUAUGUCUGAACACAAAUAAGUGCCUGGUGCCCAUGGAGAUUAGAAGGGCAUGAGAUUCCCCGGAACUGGAGCUAUGGAUGGCUGUGAGCUGCUGUGUGGGUGCUGGAAAUGGAGCCUGUUCCCUCUGUAAGAACAAGCGCUGUUCACUGCUGGGCCAUCUCUCCAGCCCUGCAGGAGAUAUUCAGGGUAGGAAAAGUUGAAUGCUGCAGCCUCAAGACCAAGCAUGCCAGGCAAAACUGGCACUCAGGCCGGCCUUCCUUUCCAAUGCCACCAAAGCAUUGAACCCUGCACAUUUUUGUUUGUUUUUUGAAACACAGCUUCUCUCUGUAGCCCAGCUGGAACAGCUCUGUCUUGAACUCAGAGAUCCUCCUGCCUUUGCCUCCUGAGUGCUGGGCUUAAAGGCGUAGGCCGGCACUGCCUGGCUUGCUUCGCUUUUCUUUAAUGCUAGGUAAUAGUGUUUGUUUUUUUUUUUCUUUUUUUUUUAUAAUACAGCACUUAAUAUGUUCUUAAAGGUUUCAUUAUUCUGCACAAAGAUUUAUUGGCUCAAAAGUGUGGGCAUCUGUAUUUUUGUAUUUGAACUAUUUUAUUCUGGCUCCUGGGUCGUCUGCACAGGGGUACGCUGUUACUGAAUUAUAUUUCAAUGUGUCUGUGACUUCUGCACAGUCCAGUUUCCUCAUGGGGAUGACGUUCUCUGAGGCCAGAGUCUUUCAUCACUGGUUCCUAACUGUGCCCAUGGCUCCAGCAGAGCACUGCAGUUUCUGAUUCCUCUGGUAGAAGACCAGUUUCAAACAGACUUAUGGGAGUAUGUGUUGUUAAGCCAUCAGGCCCAGAUUAAAUCACACCCUUUACGUAAAAGCACAUGUUGUAUUUGGGUGGCUCUGAGACCUGGAAACUGAAUGUCCAUUGUGAUAAGGUGAUAUGUGAUAUUUCUGAUUGAAGUCCAGCAAUUAACAUUUUAAGCAUGCAAUGUUUUGUUAGUAGUGGGCAGGAGAAAAUAACUCCAGAAGAAUGUAGAUCACUUGCGGCUAACCAGGACCUGUUAAUCUGGUUAGUUUCUUCUUCCAUGCUCUUGGGACCCCAGAUGGCUAUCGUGAGUCAGGCAGAUGGAUUCAGGCAUUUAAGUCUAAACUGAAUCUGGUGAUUGGAAUGAAGCAAGAGUUUAAACUGUCACUGGACAUCAGUUGUCCCUGUUGAUUCACCAGUGGCUGCACUUGUUAUUUUCUGAACUAGUGUGGACAUGUCUGACAGAAGAUUCAUUCAUUCACUCAUCAGACAAAUCUUAUAGGUCUCUGUGUACCAGAAGUCAGACAUUGCUUUUAGGCUCCAUGCUACCUCAGCUUUUAAAUAUGUCAGUAGACAGAAGAUUUUUGUGGAAAGACAUACUUCAAAGAAGGUCUGAUGAGAUAGAUUUCCAAUUUUCUUUUAAAGAUUUAUUUUUUAAAUUGCAUAUAAUAUGUGUUUGUGCAGGGGAAUGGGAGGGGCAUUUGUGUGCACAAGGAGUCCAGAAGAAGGCAUUGGAUCCCCUGGAGCUGGAGAUAGAGUUAUGAACCACCCAGUAGAAGUACUGGGCACUGAAUUUGGGUCCUCUGGAAGAGCAGCGUACAUUUGUAACCACUGAGCCAUCUCUCCAGCCCUCUUUAUAGCAAACCUGUGGAGGUGAGAGGACCACUUGUAGAAAUUGUUUCUCUCCUUCCACCAUAGAAUCCAUCCAUGUGGAUUCCAGGGAUCAAACUCAGGCUGUCAGGCUUGGUGGCAAGUGACUGGACUCACUGAGACAUCUCACUGGCUAGGUUGUUUCGACAGAGGGUUUUUCUGUGUAGCUCUGGCUGGCCUGGAACUCACUAUGUGAACCAGGCUGGCCUGGAACUCGUAAGAUCACCUGCCUCUGCCUCCCAAGUGCUGGGAUUACAGGCGUGUGGAUAUUCUACAAGUGUCUACUCCACACACUGUCAUCACAGUCAUGGGCUCUUCAAAGAUUGUAUUUUCCAGAAGCCGGUUUUAUUUGCCAGUGUUAUUUUGAGGAUUCAGUCAAUUUAGAUGAGAAGUCUGAACGGUCCCUCAGUUUUAAAGAUUAGUUUGGCUCCCCAUCUCCACAGUGUGAGGGGCCAGACUUUCCCCCCAGAAUCAGCAUCCGUUGGGAAUGCCAUUUCUGUCAAGACUCUUAACGUGCAGAGCCAGUUGCCAAAGCCAGAAGUCUAAAAAGAUAUCAAAAGACCCGGAUGCAGAGUCUACAGCCUGACCCAGCUGCCCGCUAUCGAAACGUGUUGGAGGCCCUCUGGAGAAUUAUAAGAACAGAGGGCCUGUGGAGGCCCAUGCGGGGGCUGAAUGUCACAGCAACAGGCGCCGGGCCUGCUCACGCCCUCUAUUUUGCCUGCUACGAAAAGUUAAAAAAGACAUUGAGUGAUGUAAUCCACCCAGGGGGCAAUAGCCAUAUUGCCAAUGGUAUUGAGUCUUCCUGUGCUGGUCCCCACUUCCCCAACUCUCCUUGCUGCUAUCAGCGCUUCCCACUCUCAGCAUGGUUUGGAGCUGCAGCUUUGGGCUGGGGUGCAGCCGGGUGCGUGGCAACAUUACUUCAUGAUGCAGCCAUGAAUCCAGCAGAAGUGGUCAAGCAGCGGAUGCAGAUGUACAACUCACCGUACCGCCGGGUAGCAGACUGUGUCCGGGCGGUGUGGCGGAAUGAAGGGGCCGGGGCCUUCUACCGCAGCUACACCACCCAGCUGACCAUGAACGUUCCCUUCCAAGCCAUCCACUUCAUGACCUACGAGUUCCUGCAGGAGCACUUUAACCCCCAGAGACGGUACAACCCCAGCUCCCACGUGCUCUGUGGAGCCUGUGCAGGGGCCGUAGCUGCCGCCGCCACCACCCCACUGGACGUUUGCAAAACACUGCUCAACACCCAGGAAUCCCUGGCUUUGAGCUCAAACCUUACAGGACACAUCACAGGCAUGGCUAGUGCCUUCAGGACGGUGUAUCAAGUAGGCGGGGUGACUGCCUACUUCCGAGGAGUUCAGGCCAGAGUCAUUUACCAGAUCCCCUCCACAGCCAUCGCAUGGUCUGUGUAUGAAUUCUUCAAAUGCCUGAUCACGAAGAGGCAAGAAGAGUGGAGGGCAGGCGAGUGAUGGGGCGCUGAGCUCACCUCACCGGGGCCCGACGCUGCUGCAUUCUGCCCCCAGCACUCUCUGUCUCCCGGCAUGCUCGCUCGGUCUCGAGUGCAGUUGGAAAGGAUGGAGAGAGCUCUCUGGGCUCUAGUUGGCUAACGCUAGUUCUUGCCAACGUCCGCCACCAUCAUCUUUCCUCCUGGGCCCUCAGCAAGUUCAGCAAUGCCCACUGCAGUACCUCUGACAACCUCUCCGUCCUGGGCCUGCGACCCGCUCUAGAUCGUUGAGAGAGAGAAGCAGCACAUUCCCCUGGUUCCUAAUUAAAAAGAAAAGGUCUUUA